AUGAGCUUCACCUUCAACGACUUUGUGCGCGUCGCCAAGAAGCUCUUCAAAUUCUGGAAGAAGUACCAGGCGCAGCAGCAGCAGCAACAAGGACACGGUGGACAGCCUCAGCAAGGCGGCUACGGCGGCCAGCAGCAGCCUCAACAUGGCCAAUCACCGUACCCACAACACGCGCCGCAGCAACAGCCGUGGCAGUCGUCGCCUUACCCGCCUGCGCACGGCGGGAAACCUCAUGGCGGUCAAGUUGCGGGAGGCUACGCGGGAGGAGGAGGGUACGGCGCGCAUGAUGGACCGGCUACGGUGAGCUAUACUCGUUCUCCCCCGCCGUCGAUGGAACAGCAAGGACGAGCCCUCAACUCGCUCGUCGUCUGUUCCCCCUCCACCUCUUUUCCCUCGCCUCUCUCUCCCUCUUCCGCCACGAAGACGAAGCGGAGACGGGAACGGAUAGGUGGCGGCGCUUCUGACGCCGAGAUAGUCGAGAGGUGGUGUCGAUGGAGAGUUGGCGCGGGCGAAGCUUCCCUCGGACCGAGGCUUACGGCUGCUCUUCCCUCUUCUCCCCUUCCCCUCCCUCGCUCAUCCCUUCUCCACCUCGCCUCCGCACACCGACCACGCGCGCCGCUCAUCGCCCUCACCGCCCUUCCCCUCGUCCUCCUCUCAACCUUCUCAACCACCGCCCCCUCCUCCUUCCGCCACCCACGCUCCCCCGAACCCGCCGAAACCUACACCUUCAACGACCCCUCCGGUUCCUUCCGCCCCCCUUACUGGGGCUACCUCUUCCGUCCUCGGCGGAAUCCCUACCCCAUUCGCCGCCGGUUACCCGAACUACAUAUCUUCCACCUCGUCCCGCCUUGGUUACGACCUUCGCGGAACGUACUCCAUCGCUUGGUGGGAUAUCUGGAUGACGAUGGGAAUCUGGUUGUCGAUGCGGAUGAUGGGGUGGAACAGAAUGCCGAUAUGGCGAAUGCGCAGAACGCGCAUUAUGUCGAUUUGCGCAACAGGGCGAUCAGGGAGGGCGAUCUGAUGGGCCAAUGCUUCGAAGCUUCCCGCAACGCCUACUCGUCCGGCGACGGCGGCCGCGCGCACGACCUCUCGAUGGAAGGGAAGCAACACCAGCGCGAGAAAGACCGGUUGAACGCUGAAGCCGCAGAGUGGAUCUACCGCGAGAACAACAAGGUCCAGCCGCAGGGGACGAUUGAUUUGCAUGGUCUGUAUGUGCAGGAGGCGAUUGAGUAUACGGAGAAGGGUAUUGCGGACGCCCGCCAGCGCAACAUGCCCGAGCUGCGGGUCAUCGUCGGCAAGGGCAACCACUCUCCCUCUCACGUCGCAAAGAUCAAGCCCGCCAUCGCCUCUUUGAUGGAGCGCGAGCGCCUCACUGCCUCGCUGGACCCACACAAUGGAGGAGUCCUGGUUGUCCAGUUGCAGGGCCAGGGAGGAGGACGCGGUGCGGGCCAGUUCUUGAGGGAGAUGGAGCAGAGUAGGGACAACGACUGCGUGGUUAUGUGA